AUGAGCAAACCACAAAGUCAACCGGGGCGUAUCGAUACAUUGACUCCUGAGGAGGAGCUUAAAUUGAAACAGGUUUGGGCCCACUUGUUCCAUUCAUGGGGGAUUCCUGUUGACUCUUCGAAAGUUUUGACACAUAGCAAUGCUUCUAUACGUAGAAGCGAUAGUGUUUCGUCAAGCCAUAGCCACGCUACUACGGCCAGCAAAAAGAGCAGCGGUGGUAAACUAUUCGGUAGGUUCCGUAAGAGUUCCAAACACGAGAAGAAAGAGCCAACCGGCCAGCAUCAUACGCGUCACUCAAGAACAUCUUCUGUUACUUCUACUAGGUCACGUGAAUCUAUCGAAGCGAUGUACAAUCCUAACAUGAUUCACGAGGCUUUGAAAGGGUUGAAGCCUGAAGAGAUAAGAAGUAACUUGUGGGAGAUGCUUAGAACAGACUACCCGGACAACUUAAUUUUAAGAUUCUUAAGAGCCAGAAAGUGGGAUACUGAUAAGACUUUAAGUAUGCUUGCAAAUUCGCUUCACUGGAGACUAAAGGAGUCUCAUCCUGAUGAAAUUAUAAAGAGAGGAGAAUUGGGCGCAUACCAGGAUGGAAAAGCCGGUCUUGUCAAGAAUAUUGAAUUGAGAAAGGCUGUUAUUCAUGGGUACGACAAAGCAGGUCAUCCUCUCGUUUACAUUAGACCAAGAAAACAUUUCUCUAGCGAUCAAACAGAACAAGAACUUGAGCUAUAUUCUCUCUUGAUCAUUGAACAAGCUAGAUUGUUUUUAAGGGAACCAACUGAUGCUGCCACUAUAUUAUUUGAUCUUCAAGGAUUCACCAUGUCAAACAUGGAUUACGCGCCCGUUAAAUACCUGAUCUCGUGUUUCGAAGCACACUAUCCUGAAUGUUUGGGUAAGCUAUUCAUCCAUAAAGCUCCAUGGAUUUUCCCACCAAUAUGGAACAUCAUUAAAAACUGGUUAGACCCAGUUGUGGCCUCAAAAAUUGUUUUCACUAAGUCCGCUAAGGACUUGGCCAAAUAUAUACCAGAUGAAUAUAUCCCAAAAUCCCUUGGUGGUGAAUGUACCUAUGAUUAUGACAAUUAUUCUAAGCCCGAUGGUUCUCUGGAUACAAAGCUGGACAAGAAAGAUGAACUUGAAGUGGUUAUGGAAGAAAGACACUCCAUUGUUGAAAAGUUCAUCCAAGCUACAGUGUCUUGGAUUGAAGCUGGUGACAAGGAAACUAGUGCUAAAUUCCUAGACGCUAAGAUCGAACUAAGCAAGGAACUAACAAGAAACUACGUGAAGUUAGAUCCUUAUAUUAGAUCAAGAUCUUUUUAUGACUAUGAAGGAACUUUGAAAAUCGAAGAAUAG